UCCUGAACGUCUGCACGAGUGYCAUCGGUGACUUUACCUAUAUAUAGCCAAUUUGGUUUUCAAAACAUCAUCAUUCAACCGAGCAACACAGAACAGUCAACAUGAAAUUCACAUCAGCUUUAGUCGUUGUUUUGGUGGCCGUAGCCCUCGUUAGGGCCGAAAAAGAAGACGGCAAGACGCACAAACCCGAAAAACGCGGUAUCGUCGCUGAACACGAUUUCGAUGCCGGGUUGGGUCAUAGUUCCAGUCUAAGCUACGGUUCUGGUCUGGGAUUGGGCUCCAGCAUUGGCUUAUCAUCCGGAUUGGCCUCUGGUUACUCAGCUUACGGUGGAUCAGCUUAUGGAUCCUCAUACGCUCCGGCUUACAGUGGUGUUGCAAUAGCCGCCUCACCUGUAUACAGCAGAGUCGCUGUCGCUGCUGCACCUGCAUACAGCGGAGUCGCAGUCGCUGCUGCACCUGCAUUCAGCGGAGUCGCAGUCGCUGCUGCACCUGCAUACAGYGGAGUCGCAGUCGCUGCCGCUCCUUCCGCAUACUCAGCUGCCCCAGCACCGACUGUCGGCCCAUUGAUCCCAAUCUCCAAGGAUAUACACAUCAUCAACCGUCAUGCCCAACACAUUUCUGCCCCGUUCCCAGUUCCAGUGCAGAGGACCGUCGCCAUCCCAGUGCCACACCCAGUCCCUUACCCAGUAGAACGUCCAUAUCCAGUCCGAGUUUCCGCCCCGUACCCAGUGCCAGUUGAGAGGCCUGUUCCAUACCCAGUAGACAGACYGGUACCACAAGCAGUUCCCGCUCCCUACCCAGUCCCAGUCGUCCAGAAUGUACCUGUACCAGUUUCCCGUCCAGUACCGGUUCCGGUUGUAAGACGCGUUCCUGUGCCGGUUGCCACACCAGUUGUUGUCCAAGCACCUCAGCCAAUCGCUGUUGCUGCUUCAGCUCCUGCAUACGGAGGAUACGGUCUAGGAGCUUCCGCUAACGACGCCAGUUAUGGAUCCGCUUCUCUAGGAUCUCUAUCUUCGUACGGAUCCGGUGUCUCUUCAUACGGAUCAGGUUUAUCGUCAUAUGAAUCUUACGGACCAGCACUUUCCGCUUCUUCAUACGGAUCUUACGGACCAGCACUCUCAGCUUCAUCACAUGGUUCAUAUGGACCAGCACUGUCGUCUGCUUCCUCAUAUGGGUCUUACGCAUCAGCUUUGCCUUCUUCUUCAUACGGAUCUUAUGGACCAGCUCAUUCUUCUUCUUCAUAUGGAUCUUACGGAUCAGAUMUAUCCUCCUCUUCGUAUGGACACGGAAGCCAUUCAAAAUACGAAAGCGGUGGUUGGACUCCAAUCGUAAAACGUAACUCUAAUUAAUUAAGAGACUAGUCUUCUGACAUUKCUCAACUAUCAAGUCAGAACCUGUUAWAUUACUAUUUUAAAAUUGAAUAUUAUUAUGUUUUUAUACUUAGAUUACACUUUUUAUAYUUGAAUAAAAUGUUAAUUGWACAAUACAAUUUGAAUAAAAUUUUAUUAAAAAA